AUGGCAGCGGUCAGGACUGAGCGACGGAAAUUCCAUGAUGACAUAAACAGAGCAUGCAGUGUUACACUCGAAGAUUGUUUCGAUCUUAUGCAGAUCUAUGAUCAAGACCCAGGUUCCUAUAUCAAGCGUAGCGCGAAAUUAGGUGCCGCUCAAAAGUUCAUACGCGACAUCGUCCGGGGUGAAACGACGCAGGAGUCACUUGUCGUAUAG